AUGUCUCAACCAGCGGAGGACGACUACGACCGCUCGAUAUGCGUCACAUGUGGGACGCAGUAUGCUUCCCCGGGCAGACGUCCCUAUCCCAUACGGGAUGAGAAAUCCGGGGAUGGAUGCGCGAUAUGCCUCGACGAAAGACAGUAUGUACCAACGACCGGACAGAAGUGGACAAGCUGGCGCAAGAUCGACGAAGACCACAAGACGGUGCUCAUGCCAGAAGAGAGGGACAGGAGGAUCGUGCGCAUCGUCACCGAGCCCAGCUUCGGGAUAGGGCAGACUCCGUUCAUAGUAAACACUCACCGUGGCUAUGUAAUCUGGGACUGUCAGGCCUACCUCUCCCCGUCCGCGGUCUCUCAGAUUAGCGCGUCCACAGCGGACAAGCCACUCCUCGGGAUUGCCAUCUCGCACCCGCAUUUCUUUGGCAGUUCCGUGACGUGGGCGCGGAUGCUCGGGUGCAAAGUGUUUGUUUCGGCCAAAGACAAAGAAUGGUUUAUGCGCGAUGACGACCAUGUGGGGAAGGUAGUCGAGUUCUGGGACGGGGAGCACAAAGUGAUAUCUGAAGGAUUGACUGUGAUACGUUGCGGAGGCCACUUCCCGGGAUCGAGCGUCUUGCACUGGGACCGCUCUCUUGACCCAACGGAAGCGGACCUCCCGACCACCGGCGUGGUCUUCUGCUCGGACACUUUUGGUGUGGCCGCAGAUCACAGGAAGAUGUCGUUCAUGUACUCAUACCCGAACAUGGCAAAUAUUCAAGCACUCUGGAACGCGUUGCGCCCGUUCGCUUUCGAAGACAUAUACGGCGCCUGGCCCGGAAAUUUGUCGUACGGCAACGGAAGGGCCAAUGUCCUCAAGAGCGCCCGACGGUUCAUCGAGAUGGAGGGCUGGAAGAAAGGCGAUUGGGUCCUCGAAGACUGA